AUGCUGCUACAAACCUUCCAAACCAACGCCCUACGGGAUCUGUGUACCGAAGAGCAGCUAGAUCUUCUGAAUUCCAUCGAUACCCUCCGUUCUCAGGGUAUAAGCCAUUAUAUUUCUCUGCCACAGAUCAUAGUCUGUGGUGACCAGUCCUCUGGCAAAAGCUCUGUCCUUGAGGCAAUAUCUGGCGUUGCCUUCCCUGUCAAAAGCAACCUUUGCACCCGAUUUCCUACCGAGCUUGUCCUACGAACGCAUAGUCAUGUUGGCGUUCGUGUAUCCAUAGUGCCCCACCAUACACGGAGCGAUGUCGAGCAACGAUCCCUUGGUGAUUUCUGCGAGGAAUUGAAUAGCUUUGAAGGGCUACCUAUCCUGAUUGAAAAAGCUAAAGAAGCCAUGGGAAUAACAACACACGGAAAGGCGUUCUCGAAUGAUCUUCUGCGCGUCGAAGUGUCGGGUCCCGACCGUCCCCAUCUGACUAUCGUUGACCUUCCUGGACUUAUUCACUCGGAAACCAAAAAACAGUCCGCAAUAGAUGUUCAGCUUGUGCAGGACGUGGUUCAGUCUUAUAUGAAACAGCCGCGCAGCAUCAUCCUGGCCGUUGUGUCUGCUAAGAAUGACUUUGCCAAUCAAAUCGUCCUUAAACUGGCUCGAGAUGCUGAUCCCUCUGGGAAACGCACACUUGGCAUCAUAACCAAGCCUGAUACCUUGAUUGAAGGGUCCGAAAGUGAAACGAUGUUUGUGUCGUUGGCAAAGAAUCAGGAUGUGGAGUUUCGGCUUGGAUGGCAUGUUCUCAAGAACAUGGACAUGGACAAAGGCCGAUCUUCCCUAACACAACGAGACUUGGAGGAACAAGAUUUUUUCUCCCAUGGGAUUUGGAAAGAUCUGCCAAGCACACUGGUUGGCAUCGGGAGCUUGCGGAUACGGCUGAGUAAAGUGCUGUUGUUGCAGAUUGCCACCGAGCUACCGAGCUUGAUCAUAGAGAUCGAAGAUAAAAUCGGACAUUGCAGAACUCGCCUACGAAGACUUGGUCAACCUCGGACUACCAUAGAUGAGCAGAAGUCAUAUCUUCUGCAUAUAAGUCAAUCCCUGCAGGAACUUGUGAAAUCCGCUAUUGAUGGCACAUACAAUGACCCAUUUUUUGGCGAUGCCCAAUCCACCAAUGGGUAUCAUAAAAGAAUACGAGCCAUAGUGCAAAAUCAUAACGAAGAGUUCGCCCAACGUGUCCACCGGAGAGGCCAUUAUCGACGUAUCUGUGAGCCCAACGAUGGGCAAAUACCGGCCAAGCACCAGAUUGGGGUCACCCGGGAGGAAUAUAUAAAACAUAUCAGCCAUCUUCUUAAGAGGACUAGGGGCCGCGAGCUACCUGGAACUUUUAAUCCGAUGAUUGUUCGUGAUCUGUUCUUGGAACAGUGCUCUCCUUGGGAACAGAUAACGCGCAGCCACACGAAUAGUAUAUGGGCUGCUGCCAGAGAUUUUCUCGCCUAUGUGGUCAAACAUGUCACGGAUGACGCAACGUCAGCCGCAGUGAUCGAAGAGAUCAUACUCCCAGCCUGCAACAACAUCAAACGUGAUAUUGACGCCAAGACCAAGGAGCUACUCAUGCCACACCAGACAGGGCAUCCUAUCACUUACAACCACUAUUUCACGGAAAACCUGCAGAAGAUUCGGGCGGAGCGCGAAGAACACGAGCUCGCCAGAAGUUUACAGAGUUUCUUUGGAGUAGAUAGUUUGAAGGAGCCCUACUGCACAGACCAUUCAAUCAAUCUUGAACAACUUCUGAAAUCUCUGGUAGCGCAAUCAGAACCAGACAUGGUGCGUUUCGCGUCGAUCGAAGCGUUGGACUGUAUGCUGGCUUACUACAAGGUUGCACUGAAGAGGUUCGUUGAUGACAUUGCCAACGAAGUUGUAGAAGCCAGACUUAUGUCCUCCUUGUCCCGCAUUCUGUCGCCGGUUACCGUAUUCGACAUGCCGGCGAACCUUGUCACGAGGAUCGCUGGUGAGUCGAAAGAAAGUCAAACUAUUCGUGAACAGCUCAACAGGGAACUCCUGAUAUUGGCUAAAGGCUCUGAGACCUGCAAACUAUUUGUUAAAACAAAGACUGGCGACCUCAUCUUUGAUCCUUGGUUAGCAGACGACUACUUGGCAAGGGAGAGUAGUGAUGAAUCUAUAUGUGAAGAAGUGAGAUUGGAUGCAGAAGAAUCCGAACUUUCUGACUCGUCAAAUGACUUAGUCGGCACGAUUGAGGCUCUAGAUGACCUUAUUGACGAGACGACGACCCCUAGCUUCGAGGAAGAGCCCAAGCCCAGCGUACAGAUUUCCAAAAAUGCGAGUAAAAAGAAGAGCAAAGGGAAAAAGAAGGUGGAAGGCAUUGCGUCUCUAGAAUUCCAGUGA